AUGGUACUCCACUCAGAGACCAUAAAACAAGCGGAGCGCAAGAUAUCCGCCUUUAAUCUUGCGCUUGUCUUUGCUCUCACACUGGGGAGUUUGACUUAUGGCUAUACGUUUAGUAUCACUUCCACCACUGUCGGGCAGCCGGGCUGGUUUGCGUACUUUGGCCUCUCGCCAACGGCUGGCACCCCGAACUAUAGCUAUACUCAAGCAAUUGAGGGAUCUAUGAAUGGCCUUUUUUGCGCGGGAGGUUUCUUUGGUGCGAUAUUUGCGGGAUGGUCUUGUGACGCACUUGGUAGAAAGCCCACCUUGUGGAUUGCAUCACCUCUCGCAAUUACCGGUGGUGCUCUACAGGCGGGUGCAGUUCAUAUUGCUAUGUUUCUCAUCGGACGUUUCAUUGGAGGGUUUGCAGUUGGUAUUCUCAUCGUUCUGAUCCCUCUCUUCCAGGCCGAGAUAGCACCACCGGCUGCUCGUGGCUUUUUGGUAUCUCAGCAUGGCGUUGUUCUUGUUGCAGGGUAUUCUCUAGCCGCUUGGACUGGAUUUGCCUGCUACUUCUCAGAGAACCAGUCUUUUCAGUGGAGAUUUCCACUGGCAGAACAGUGCCUAUGGCCACUUGCCCUCUUAAUUCUCAGUCCGUGGAUUCCGGAAUCACCCCGCUGGCUCCUGCUUCAUGAUCGAGCAGAAGAAGCCUGGGAAAUUGUCUCAAAACUUCAUAAUUUAGAUUCAAAGAAUACAACGGAUGCGGAUUUCACUUUUGCUCGUGAAGAAUUUUAUCAAAUUCGCCAACAAGCAAUAUCCGAUGCCUCUGCCUCCUCUCAAGAAACUAUCUGGACUCUUUUCACAAAGCCGUCGUAUAGAAAGCGUAUGAUUUGCGCAUUCAUCGUCAUGUUUGCUUCUGAAUCAACAGGAAUCCUGGUCGUCUAUAACUAUUCUGUUCUCCUUUAUCAAUCACUCGGGUUCAACAAUCAAACUUCCCUUCUCCUGUCUGCGCUCUAUGUGACAGUGGCUUGUGCGGGUAACUUUGUUUCUGCAAUUCUGGUGGACCGUGUUGGUCGAGUAAAGCUUUUCCUUACCGGUCUCAUAGGCUGUCUAGUUAGUCUACUUCUUGAAGCAGUAAUGGUUGCAAGAUAUACUGGAUCCACGAACCAGGGAGGUCUGAGGGCAGGGGUCUUUUUCCUAUUCCUCUAUAUCACUUUCUAUGGCUGCUGCAUUGACGCGACAACGUAUGUCUACUGCAGUGAGAUUUUCCCUAGUCAUAUCCGUGGCCGUGGAAUGGCUUGGUCUCUCGCAAUUCUCUUCCUAUCUUCACUGGCAUACCUGGAGGCAGCACCAACAGCGUUGGCCAAUAUUUCAUGGAAGUACUACAUUUUAUUCUUGGUCUUGACAUUGAUUCAUAUAUUCGUUGUCUGGUGGCUAUUCCCCGAAACAAAGGGUCGAUCUUUGGAAGAAAUUGGCGAAUUGUUUGGUGACGAGGUCGCUGUUAAGCUUACUCAGCUGACAGCAGAGGAGAGAGAAGAUCUGGAUCGGAAGAUUUUGUCUGAGAAACAAGGAAAUGUCCACCACGUUGAAAACGGAGGUGAUGUCGCACAUAAAGCUUGA